CGGAAUUUAAAUAUGUUGGGAAUAUGCACGGGAAUGAAGCUGUUGGAAGGGAGUUGCUCAUCUUCUUGGCUCAAUACUUGUGUAAUGAAUACCAGAAAGGAAAUGAAACUAUUAUCAACUUGAUCCAUAGCACACGUAUCCAUAUCAUGCCAUCUUUGAACCCAGAUGGCUUUGAGAAGGCAGCAUCCCAGCCCGGUGAACUUAAAGACUGGUUUGUUGGUCGAAGUAAUGCCCAAGGGAUAGAUCUAAACCGAAAUUUCCCUGAUCUUGAUAGAAUAGUCUAUGUUAAUGAGAAAGAAGGUGGCCCAAACAACCAUCUGCUGAAAAACAUGAAAAAAGCUGUGGACCAGAAUCCUAAGCUUGCUCCUGAAACAAAAGGUGUCAUUCACUGGAUUAUGGAUAUUCCCUUUGUGCUUUCUGCCAAUCUUCAUGGAGGAGACCUCGUUGCAAACUAUCCUUAUGAUGAGACUCGGAGUGGCAGUGCUCAUGAAUACAGCUCCUGCCCCGAUGAUGCUGUUUUUCAAAGCCUGGCUCGCAGUUAUUCUUCUUUCAAUCCUGCUAUGUCUGAUCCAAACAGACCACCAUGUCGUAAAAAUGACGAUGACAGCAGCUUUGUGGAUGGAACAACUAAUGGUGGUGCAUGGUACAGCGUCAUUGCCGGAAUGCAGGAUUUCAAUUACCUCAGCAGCAACUGCUUUGAAAUCACAGUGGAGCUUAGCUGUGAAAAAUUCCCACCUGAAGAAACUCUGAAGGGCUACUGGGAGGACAACAAGAACUCCCUUAUCAAUUACAUCGAGCAGAUUCAUCGAGGAGUGAAGGGGUUUGUUAAAGAUCUUCAGGGCAAUCCAAUAGCAAAUGCUACAAUUUCUGUGGAGGGGAUAAGCCAUGACAUUACAUCAGCCAAGGAUGGUGAUUACUGGAGAUUGCUUGUGCCUGGAAAUUACAAACUUACAGCCUCAGCACCAGGCUAUCUAGCAAUAACUAAAAAAGUGGCUGUGCCCUUUAGCCCUGCAGUUGUGGUUGAUUUUGAACUGGAGUCAUUGUCUGAAAGAAAAGAAGAGGAGAAAGAAGAGUUGAUGGAAUGGUGGAAGAUGAUGUCAGAAACACUAAAUUUUUAAAUGAAGAUUUUGGCUUUACAGCUUUUAAUCUAUUAUAUGUUGACUUAGUAUAAUGUACUGUGGCAAGUCCAUAUAUUCUAGAUUUUGUGCACUUCACAAUAAUUAACUUUGAAUUUUUCAGUCAUCUUUUGAUUAAUAUGAUUAUAAAUAACUACUAGCCUCCUAGCUAGAUAAAUAAGUUAUUAAUUUUUUUUCAUAUUGUUAUAGAAAAUUUACUCUUAUAUACAAAUCAGAAAACAAUGAGUGAAUGUCUCUGCAGCCUAUAUGGAAGUACAAUCUGUUGUGUAUUACUUGCAAGUUCAGAAUAUGUAGGUUAACUCUUAAUUUUAAAAAAGAAAUGUGCUGUAGUCAAUUCCCAAUACUGCCAGAAAUAUUUGACAGUGCAUAGUAAUAGACAGUGCUCUUUACUGAGUUCUAUAAUGGAUGUUAUUGAAAAGAUUUAUGAUAACAGUGUGUGGUGUAAUAAUGUUUUACAAGGAUUAAAAUUCAGUAUAACAUUUUCUAUGUCUCUGGUGUUGGGGCUAUUUAAAUAUGUAAGAAACAGAAACUGAUGUCAUUUUAGUAAGCGGAAGGAAUCUGUGUAAGGUCUUUUAUUAAAGAUGGCAUGGAAUGAAUUCAGGAAAUAGCAGAGCUUUAUUCCUUAAACUGUUCAUGAUCUUUCAAGAUCAGGUUUUAGUUAUUUCUCAUUACUUAUUAAUCAAAUUAAAAAUUGUGAAUGGGUGAAGAAGAGCUUGUGCAUCUUAUUAAUAUACUGCUUGUGUUUGUUUUACAGCAAGAAAAAAAAAUCGUUUCAGGUGAUGUCUGUUUUAAUUAGAUAACUACCUUUUCA